AAAAGGGCGAGAUUUACCGGAAUAAGAGUUACAAAGUCUGUAAUAAGCUUGAGGCUCUGAGAAAGAAGGGAGAUCAAGCAAAGAUUGAGGAAGCUGAAAUGGAAUAUUCUCUUACUCUAUCAGAGGAAGAUGAUUAUAAAGCAAAGCUGAAAAGUCAGAAUGAAUCAUUGGAGAUAUUCAAGCAUGUCAAACUAAGAGAAGCAUUCCAAGUACAGUGUGAUGUUCAAACAGUUUUGAACAAUAAGUGCAUGUACUUAAUGGACAUGAACCACAAUCUCAUCAAAACACUUCUCCCUGAUACUGACGAGGCUUUGGAAGACCCCACUGAAAAAGUGAUGGUUGAGACAAAUAGGAUUCUAGCUGAAGUAGCCGCAGGUCUAAACCUCACUAGGAAUGUUCACCAAGAGAAGAUUCCUGUAACUGAUGAGAUUUAUGAAACCUAUUCGUACCAGUCAUCUGAUAAUCUCGAAGUUCCACCACGCCCUACCAGUGCACACCCAGCGGCACCUAUUAACAGCCCUAAUAACAAGGCUAACAAAGCUGUGGGAUUUUUCAAUAAGGCAGCAGGCAAAAUAACAAAAGUGACGGACCAAAUAACAAAGCAAUAUGCGCAAGGACAUGCUGGUAAAAGAACGGGCUCUGAUGUAACCCCCAACAGGGCCCCUCCUUUGCCUCCCCCUCGGAGUGCCAUUUCUCUGGGAGAUCUUCAGGCAGGUGUUUCUGAAACCCCCAGUGGGGCCUCAAAAAGGCCAACAGGCAGCCUUAAGAAUUAUGAUUAUGUGGACUUUGAAGAGGAUUCUGAUAAAAGGGCAGUGGCAACUGCACCUCCUUUGCCAGACCGUCCAUCAUCAUUGAAGUCUGUGAGUGAAUUGAAGACUGAGAGUAAGCAGGCACUUCCUCAAAGACAGGCAACUGGACCAGCAUUGAAACUUAACAUUCAAGGUGCAGAUGCAGAUAUAGCUGCUACGAAAACUGAAGAUCCUCCAAGUCCAGAUUAUGAACAAUUAUUUUUCCAUCUUAAACCUCCUUCUCAAAAAUAUGACAACAAGCCUUCAUCAACUGAAUUAUAAGAUAAUGGAUAGCUAUGUACAAUGUACAACAGAAUGUUGACCUGUGGAUCUGAUUCUAAAGUACAGUACAUGUAUUUAUAAGUGGUAUCCUGGACCUAUUGUACUUAUUUUCAAUGAAAACAAUAUGCAGGGACAUACAUGUAUAUUAUUGUAUCCAGGGAGGGAGAUUAUUUUACCCAGUGUUAUCAAUAUGUGAUACAAGAAACUCUUUUUUCACUACCUAAAGUUAUUUUUAUUUUAUGUACUUUUUGUAUAUAUUUAAAUACAGGUACAGAAAAAUUUUGGUACAAUUAUAAAUAUAGAGCUCAGACAAUUUGUAUUUAGAAAUGUGAUUGCUAUACAAUGAGAAAUCCGCAUUUAUGCAGCAAAAAUAAUGACAGUGUAUUAUUGUUAUGAAAUGGAUAAAUUGAUUCAAUAAAAU